AGCCUAUAGGUGACGCGCUAAUUCAAUUGAAACGCUACUGUUAUUCUUGCUUCCGAGCAUAGACUGUAUGACGUUACUGUUUCCGGGUCGAUUGCACAUGUGCGAAUGGGAGAGAGCCGAAAGAGCUAAAGUGAAGUGAGGUACUGCAUAAACCUUCUUCCAGAAAUGACAUCUCUAGCUCACCAGCUGAAGCGGCUGGCUUUGCCGCAGAAUGAUUCAAGCCUAUUCGCCAGGAAGGAGGUGGCCUCUCUCCUCUUUGACCCGAAGGAGGCUGCUAGUAUCGACAGGGACACUUUUUUCGCCUUAGGUUGUACAGGGCUGGAGGAGCUUUUGGGAAUCGAACCCCUGUUCGAAGAGUUUCAAGAGACCCUCUUCAGCCCAGCUUCCAAGACUCUCGAGCGCAGCGUCCAGACCAAAGAGGUCAACCAGAAGCUGGAUGCGGGCAUCUCCCUGUUUCUCACCCGCUUGUCCCCGUACUUCCUGCUGAAGCCAGCGCAGAAGUGCUUAGAAUGGCUGGUUCACAGGUUCCACAUCCAUCUGUAUAACAUGGACAGUCUGAUUGCGUGUGUCUUACCGUAUCAUGAAACCAAGGUGUUUGUCAGAGUCAUUCAGCUUCUGAAAAUCAGUGACCCAACACACCGGUGGAACUGGCUACACGGACUACAGGCACCGGGGGUACCCCUGGCACGAGGAACGCUCAUCACGCACUGUUACAAAGACCUGAGCUUCAUGGACUUCAUCUGCACGAUGGUCACCAAGUCAGUCAAGGCAUAUGCUGGAUCCUCUGGAAACUGCGCUCAGCUUAGAGUCGCUUUCUCCUUCUACGCUUCCACCAUCGUUCCCGCUUUGGAAGCUGUGGAAAAGGUGACGGACACCUUGAUAGCCAAACUGCUGCCUUAUGUUCAAAAGGGGUUGAAGUCGUCCCUCGCUGAUUACAAGGCCGCCACCUACAUGGUGUUGUGCCAGCUGGCAGUGAAGGUGGUGAUGGAGGCUCAGCUGGUCAACACGCUCGCUGUGCAGAUCGCCAAGUCUCUGUCCAAGGCCCCCGCGCUGCCCAGAGAGGGCCUGGGCUGCCUCAUCAUCCUGCUGCAGAACCAGAAGGUCGAGUCUGUGGAGAAAAAGCCCUAUGGCCUCCUGUGUGCAGUCCCUGGCCUGGUCUCUGCACUCCAGGACAUUGCAUCCGUAUAUGACAUCAGUCCCCUGCUCCGCUACCUGCUGCCCCAUCUGAUUCACUCUGUUGUCAUUGGCUGUGGUGAGUCACUGACUGCAGCAGAGUCUGCAGAAUCUACAAACUUUGAGAGCCUUUUGGAGUCCGUCCUUCAGAAUCUUGCCCUGCAGAACGGCCUGGAUAACACAGUCGCAAAGUUGUUCUUGCAGGAAUACCUUUCCCACGGCACCCAGAGUCAGCUCUCCGCCGACGAAAUCUCUGACCUCAACCAGCGGCUGCUGCCGUUGGUCCGAGCAUUCGAGUCAAAGUACCCCGGGGCCCUGGACGUCGUCCUGGAGGGUCACCUGAGCGACGUGUCCAACCCUGAGGAGCAGAAUCUCUUCCACCAGUUCAUUUCGCUGUCCAUGAGCAGCGGGAAGUACAAGAUUUUGGCGGGUUCUGACACCUCCCUGCUGCUCAGUCUGAACCACCCCCUGCCCUCGGUCAGGAGUAUGGCUGUGGAACACCUGAAGGAGGUCCUCAGCACGGGACAGGAGGGCUGUGACGAGGCCUUCCUGAAGGAUGCUGUUCUGGAGCGUAUGAAGGACGAUGUGCCCGAGGUUGUGCAGGCUGCUCUGAAGGCUCUGGAGAUGUAUUGUGAACGUGUGGGGGCUGAAGACACAGUGUCCAGUUUGCUGUCCCUCCUCCAGCGUAUUGAUCUCUCUAGAGCAGGAAACUGGUGUCCCGUCCUGACGGAAGCGGUCCGGGUUCUGGAUACCACCCCUGUCCUGGAGGGGAACCCCUCCCUGAGGGCGAGGGCCGUGAGGGAGCUCCUGCCCUUCCUGGUCGUCACGGGAACCAGCGCCGACGCCCCGGAGCACCAGCUGGCCAGCUGCGUGGCCCAGACCUCCCUGCUCACCGGUCACCCGCUCACACAGGGCUGGGCUGAGGUGCUGAAGGAGGUCUUGGAGAAGACCCCCCCGCAGGACCUCAUAGGCGUGGCCAACCAGCAACUCAUCGCCACGAUGACGAGCAACUUCUCCGCCAUGGUGGGCUCCUUAAAGCGCAACAUCCUUGAGGAGCUGGUGGAAGUCGCAGGGAGCCAGAGGAGCAGCCUCAGGGAGAGAGCGGCCUUCCUGGUCCUGACGUACACCCUGGUGCAGGGUCUGCCGGGCCUGCCCGAGACCCAGCACGUCCACACGGCCCAGAGGGUAUACAGCCUGCUGGAGCCGCACCUGCUGGAGCUCACCGUCCCACAGGGCCCCGAGCAGGAGGCAUGGCAAGGGCAGGUCUGUGAUGAGCAGUCGGCCCCCCUCUUCCCCCCGGCAGACCGGCUGGGGGAGUACCUGUACCAGCUCAGACUGGGGGAGAGCGGGGCGCGAGAGCACGCCGUGCUGCUGGUCCUGCUGCUCAGGCUCUACAUCGUCCAUCUCAAGUGCCCCGUGUCCACUUUCAAAGGGCAGACCUGGUGGAACCCGGAGAAGCUGGACACGGCCACCUGCUGCUACCUCCGCCUGCUGUGCCAGCUGUUCGACGUCAUCAUCACCGGGGCCAGCCAGGGGCCACUGUCCCUCAGCUUCAGGGCCCUCAUGCAGCUCCUGAUGCAGGCCCACCUCAGUGAGCCCACUGAGCUCUUCAAGUUCCUGUCGCUGCUGUGGGGCUACAGCAGUAACCUGGGCGACCAGCUGGACUACAGGGUGAGCGCAGUCCUGCAGACGCAGGCCCUGUAUGUGGGCCGCGCCCUCUUGUCUGCGCAGACCGCCAAGACCCUCAAGACCCUGGCAUCAGACUCCUCUCCAGUGGUGCCGUCCCUGUUGGCAUGUCUGAGCUCCCCGGUGCGGGAGGUCAGGCGGGCGGCGGUGGUCACCCUCCAGGUCCUAUCAGGAGCUGAAGGCUCUUCCUUUCACCCAAUCACUGAGAGGCUGCUGCAGAGCACCGAGGAGCUCAUCUCUGACCCCUCCCACAUCAGCCAGGCCCUGGGCCAGCUGUACGAGGAGGCUGUGGCAGGGAAGGGGAAAGCUCCGGGGAAGAAGCUGCUGGCGGCCAUGGAGGUGCUGCUGCAGGGUGUCCAGUCCCCAGAUUGCCCGUCCUACACCGCCAAGGUCCUGAUGAGGGUGCUGCGGGACGUCAACGGAGAGCCUGUGCUGGUCGGUGUACUGCCAGCGGUGGAGCGUCUGCUGGACCAGUGCGGGCCGGAGCCCCCCCAUCUCCUGAAGGACGAGGCCCUCCUGCUGCAGCUCCUGCUGGGGAAGUACAACCAGCAGGGGGCGCCCCUCCUGACCAGCAACCAGAGCAGCCUGGACCUCUUCAUCAGAGCCCUGGGCACCGCCUCACAGUCCUACCCCGGCCUGCCCAGUGUCCAGAUCAUCGCUCUGGAGCAGAUCACCAAGCCCUUCUUCGGAGCCCUGGGGGAUGAGAAGAUCCAGCAGAGGAUUCUGGGAGUGAUGUUCGAUUUGAUGGUGGACUGCAAGAACCUCGCAUGCACCCAGACCGUGAGCAGCAUCUUCAAAGCGAUUGCCGUGGACGGCGAGCUGGUGGCCACUGAGCUGAUGCCCCCGGACAAGCCCAAGGUGUCCGGGACCGUACAGCAGGCACGCCGAAGCAAGAUGAUCCAGAGGAAGACCCAGAGCUCUGCUGCAGGUCCGCCAGAAGAGGGCGCCGUGUUCUGGCAGAGAGCAACAUUCAUCCUGGAGCUACUGCAGCACAAGAAGAAGCUGAAGAGGCCGCAGAUUCUGGUGCCGGCCCUCUUCAACCUCCUCUCCAGGAGUCUGGAGCUGUCCACAGGGGAGCAUGGGAACAUGGAGUACACCAAGCAGCUCAUCCUCAGCUGCCUGCUCAACGUCUGCCAAAAGCUGUCCCCCGACGGGGGGCCCAUCAGCCAGGAUGUGCUGGAGGAGGACAAGUUUAAUGUGGAGCUGGUGGUCCAGUGCGUGAGAGUCUCAGACAUGCCCCAGACCCACCACCACGCCCUACUUCUGCUGGGGGCUGUCGCCAGCAUCUUCCCUGAGAAGGUCCUUCACAACAUCAUGCCCAUCUUCACCUUCAUGGGAGCCAACAUCAUGAGGCUGGACGACACCUACAGCUUCCAGGUCAUCAACCGCACCGUCCAGACGGUCAUCCCGGCCCUGAUAAAGGCUCACGAGGACGGGACGUCCCGGGCCGGGGAUCGCGUGGAGGGCGUGGUGGCCAGGAUCGUGCACGUGUUCGUGGACGCCCUGCCCCACGUUCCGGAGCACCGCCGCGUGCCCAUCCUGUCCCAGCUGGUGGGCACCCUGGGGCCGGAGCGCUUCCUGUGGGUGCUGCUCAUCCUGCUGUUCAAGCAGCACGUCACCCAGCCCGCUUCCGAAAGUGCCGACACAGAGAAGGACGCUGCUUUGGAGAGGGAUGUAGAGUUCUGGAUAUCGGUGUGCUGUGAGUUUGAGGUAGAGGAUCAGCUCACUUCUCUGGUCAAGAUCCUGCAAUACCUGGCAACCCUUCCUCAGGACAAGGAAGAAGGUCCGGCGAAGAGGAAGACCCUUCGAAGGGGAGUCAAGAAGGAGGAGAAGGAGGAGACUGAGGCGCUGCUCUUCAACGUGGAAGCGCACAGCGGGAAGGAGCUUCGGCACUUCAAGUUCCUCUCCAUUUCCUUCAUGGCCAGGCUUCUGGCCUCCAGCAGCUUUGUGGGGAAGGUUGCUGAUGGUAGUGAUGUCAUGCAAGAGGCUGUGCAGGGUCUAGAGCAAAGCCUCCUAGAGGAGAUCUUGGGCUACAUCAACAGUGUAGCUCGCUGCGUGGAGGAGAAUGCUGACAAACCCACCGCCAAGUUUUGGAGGGCCCUGCUCAACAAGUCCUAUGAUGUUCUGGACAAGGUGAAUGCUCUGCUGCCCACUGACACCUUUAUCACGGUGAUGAGAGGACUUAUGGGCAACAGGCUGCCUUCCAUUCGACGCAAGGCCAUGGAGCUGCUGAACAACAAGCUGCAGCAGAAGACCGUGUGGGAGGAGGAACAGGUGAAGGUGUUGCUUGCGCUGAUCGGGGACCUGCUGGUCAUCGUGGGCGGUGGGCGGGGCCAGGCCAUGGAGACGGAGACAGAGACGGAGGAGGAGGAGGAGCAGACCAUCAACCGUCAGACCGCCCUCUACAGCCUCAAGCUGCUGUGCCGCAGUUUCGGCGCCGGCCACCAGGAGGCGUUCGUGCCAGUGCUGAGCCGGGCGGUGGAGCUGGUCACGUCGCCCGGCGAGGAGAGGAACGUGAUGGGCAGCGCCCUCCUCUGCAUCGCUGAGGUCACCAGCACGCUGAAGGCCCUGGCCAUCCCGCAGCUGCCCAGACUGAUGCCUGCAGUACUGCUGACUCUGAGAGAGCGCAAAGAGCUUCUGUCCAAUGAGAUCUACCUCCUGAGCGCAGUCACUGCCCUGCAGCGAGUGACUGACACCCUGCCCCAUUUCAUCAGCCCCUACCUGCAGGACACAGUGCUGCAGGUGGCCCAUCUGACCCGCGUGGCCGAGCGGGGGACCUCGUCCCCACAGCUGGGGGUGCGUCUGGCCUCCCUCAGGGCCACCCUCGCUACCAGGGUGCCCCCGCGGGUCCUGUUGCCCACCGUCACCAAGUGCUACAGCCAGGUGGUCAGCUCCCAGCAGAGUCGACUGGGGCCUCUGAUGGGCAUCCUGAACGAGCACAUUAGUCACAUGGAGAAGGAUCAGCUGACAUCCCACCAAUCAGAGCUCACGUCCUUCUUCCUCACUGCCCUGGACUACAGAGCCCAACAUGCCCAGGGUAGCCUGGAAAAGACAAACGAGACGGAAGGCUGCAUCAUCGACUGCCUGCUGGCCAUGGUGAUGAAGCUGUCCGAGGUCACCUUUAGGCCCCUCUUCUUCAAGCUGUUUGACUGGUGUAAGACGGAAGGGGCGCCCAGGGACCGAAUACUGACCUUCUACCGCCUGGCCAACUGCAUCGCCGACAGGCUCAAGGGGCUCUUCGUCCUCUUUGCUGGCCACCUGGUCAAGCCCUUCGCUGACCUCCUCAACCAGACCAACGUCACCAAAACGGACAAACCCUUCUUUGGCUCUGAGGAGAAUGUGGAGAAGAGUUGCCUGCUGCUGCAGUACCUCCUGGACUGCCUCCACAAGAUCUUCCUGUACGACACGCAGCGUUUCAUCAGCAAGGACAGAGCAGACACCCUCAUGAACCCACUCGUCGACCAGCUGGAGAACACGCUCGGAGGGGAGGAGGCCUACCAAACCAGGAUCACAAAGCACCUGGUUCCCUGCAUUGGCCACUUCUCCGUCGCUAUGGGAGACGACUCCCAGUGGAAGCCCCUGAGCUACCAGGUCUUGCUCAAGACACGGCACAGCUCUCCUAAGGUGCGUUUCUCUGCCCUGCUCAUACUGCUGGAGCUGGCCUCGAAGCUGAAGGAGAACUACAUGGUGCUGCUUCCUGAAACCAUCCCCUUCCUGGCUGAGCUAAUGGAGGACGAGUGUGAGGAAGUGGAGCACCAGGUUCAGAAGGUCAUCCACGAGAUGGAGGUCAUCCUGGGAGAGCCACUGCAGAGCUACUUCUAAGAACCACCCUCUUGGGACGUCCCGUAGAGAUCGCCCCUUCUAGGAUCCUGGCCCCCCUGUGAUGGGGGGGGGGCGGGCGGGCAUGUUACUGAUUAAUCUGUGUUAUUCUGAAAUGUGUGUAUCAGACUGAAAACUGGUGUCAAACGCUCUGUGGAGUGACAGGCGAGGUGACCUUUGCUCAGACAUGCAGCUUAAUGCGUCAUCAUUGUAUAGGAACUGCGUUGGCUUUUCUUGGAUUUAACAAUAUAGAACAUCUAUGGGGUGUGGGAGGGGGAAUGGCAAGUGGAAACAAAUUGACUUUAAUAAAUGGUCUUCUAUUUUUUGUAGCUGUUUCAAAAGUGAUAUUUAAUCAUACCACAUGUUCGUUUUCAAAUGCUCAUUUUCUGUAUGUAAUGCAAUUAAAGGUCUACACAAACAA